GGCGGGGCCGGGCGCGGCGUCUGUGGUAACGGGGAGCGGGACGGGAGCGAGCGGGGUGUGCCAAGAGCAGCCAGGUUCUUGAGGAAAAAUACUCUCUGCCCCUUUGCUUCAGAUCACUGUGGAGAAAAAUGACGGCUGGCUCUGUCUCAGUUCCUCAGGUCAUACCACUUCGAAUCCCUCUUCCAGGGAAGGCUAAACAUGAAAUAGACACAAAUACUCUUGUAGAAAUAAAAUCAGAUACACCUGAGGUCUCUAUUUAUUACACUUUAGAUGGAAGUAAGCCAGAACUCUUUAGAAAACCUGGCUGCGGAGAGCAUAACACUUUUAAGUAUAAGGGUCCUAUCAUGUUACCAGCUGGGAAAAUAAUGGUCAAAGCACUGGCAGUUACAAAGGACUGCAGGGAGAGUACAGUUGUAACAAAAGUGUUUCUGGUAGAGUGCAAGCAACCAAAUGCCCUUUUCUCUGUUAAAGAGGAUGACAAGAAUCUCCUAAAAGAUAGCAUCGUUCAGGAGAGGAAAGGUGGUAUAUGUAUUACAAAACCAAAGAAGAAUGGAGUCAAUGUGGAAAUCAAGCCUGCCUGGAGUGAAGCACCCCAAGAUUUUCAAGACUUGCAAACAGAAAGACAGAUUACUCACAGGGCCCUGCAAGGACCACAGCUUCUUGCCAGCCAUUUGGAAACAGCAGAGUACAGCGAGGAAUCUGUCUCAGCACUACCAAUAGAGUCAUUACAGUUUGCUAGUUCUGCAGUGACUAGCAGGAAAAGCUUAGCAAGCACACAGCUGUCAAGGAUCCAGAGGGAGACAGAUUUCCUCAAGUGUGCAUGCUGUUCUGCACCUCGCCUGUCUGACCCCUUGGCUCACUUCUGUCAGGAAUGUGGAUGUCCUAUCCCACCUGUGACAGUACGUUGCUAUCCACCCCCCGAAGGAGCACAGAUGGCACCAUGUCUUGAAUGCAGACAUCUUGUGCCAAUGAAUACACCCUUUUGCAUUGUAUGUGAGUCACCAAUAGCUCCACAGCUGCAGCCCCAAACCAACAUCUGUGUAAAGGGCAAAGUAAUUUGUCAAGCGUGUGGCACAGGAAAUCCUCUUCACCAUAAACACUGUGUGACUUGUGAAAGCAAGCUGCCUGAAAUACAGAUGCCCAUGUUUGGAGACACACCCCCACCUUACCACAGCCAGCAAAGCAAGACAGUUUCAUGCUCAAAGUGCCAUCGUGUUAACCAGAGUGAUGCCCGUUUCUGUGACUGGUGUGGAGCCAAGCCUGGACCUCCUCCAUCCUACUUUUCUUGUUUCAAGUGUGGUACAAGCAACCAUCCAUACGCUCGCUUCUGUGGGUCCUGUGGUGUUUACAUAGAGCCCCCAUCAAGGGUGGGUUCUCCCAACAGCAGUCUCGUGGAUGCUGGGGACUCACUGGGGGUUUCUGAGUCUAAACGAUUUCAAGCUCAAGUUGCCUGGCAGGCUCUUCCUAUUUCCUUGCCCAAAUCAAGAGCAGAACUAAAAGAAAGAGAAGAUAAAGGAACCCAAACCAUUGGACUUUUUUACCCAUCUAGCAAACUGUUGGAAAAGAAGGAGCUUGAGCUGAUUUCGCAAAAAGAAAAACUGGAAAAGAUGAGUGAUCAUAAGCCUCUCCUGACAGCUAUUAGUCCUGGAAAAGGUUACUGGAGAAAACAGCUGGAUCACAUCUGUGCUCACCUUAGAAGCUAUGCUCAGAACAACCUUGAAUUCAGAGCACUGAUUGGAGAACCUCGAAUGGGAAAGAUUAAUUCUGCUACCAUCUGUGAGGAUGACUACGAAGUCACUAUUACACUGAAUUAUGCUCUUGCUAUUAAUAAGAAUAUUCACACUAAUAAGGCAGUGAAGUUCAGCAAUCAUUACCUGAAUGCUGCAACAGAAGUCAGAGAUGGACAGGAUGGCAGCCAGACUAGUUUGGGCAAAGAUGAUCAUAAUCUUUUCCAUUCAAGAGGCAAAAUAAAGAGAACAAAGUCAAGAACACUUACAGGAAAAGAAGAUAAGCUCCCUCUGGAGUCCAGACAGCUACUGGAUGAACUGGGUCCAAAUGGGAAAGGAAGAACCCCCUUGGUAGAACAAUUGCCCAGGGAAGGAGCUGACCCAAACUGCAUCAGCAACGAGGACCAACCUGCUCUCACCGUUGCUGCCCUUAACAAGCACGCGGAAGCCAUCUCCCUUCUGGUGCAGAAAGGUGCCAACAUCGACCAGCAAGCAGGACUGAACAACAACACUGCUCUCCACAAGGCAGUUCUGCUUGGAUCGGAGGGAGAGGAGCUUGUCCAAGUUCUCUUACGGUGGGGCUGUGAAGAAGCACGUCCUUACACCAUAGAUGGCAACAACUGGACCGCACUGACUUCUGCUUCUUCCCCCAGACUGAAUCUAACCUGAAAAGAAACAUUCGACACCUAUGUGUGCAGCAUCAGGACUCUCUGGGAAGAGACUUCUCUUUCAAAUUAAACUGCAAAGUAUGACUCCUACAAAAUUACUGACAACUAUGCAGAAUGAUCCCAGUAUUUACCCAGCUCAGACACUGCAGAUCAACAGGCAUGAUAAGCUGACCACAGCAGGCAGCUUCCUGGUUGUGAAGUACCAAAGCUCAGACAAGCACAUGGAAAGGGUCAGGCUUUGCUGCCUUGCUAGGACAGGGUGAGGUCCUACCUUUAUUCUCCAGGAAAACUUUGUUCUGUUAAAGUGGGCUGUGUUUGGCAACUGCAAUCGCUGCUACAGUCACUGCACAGCUCAGGGAAGCAUGGAGUAAUCGUAUCAUUAAGCGGGGUGGAUGCUGGCUUCUUAAUCACAGCUAACAUAACUCUUCAUGCUGGUCUCCAAGGCACGACGAGGAGGGAAGCAGAGGGCUAAGAGCACACAGUUUGUUUCACCACGUGCCUUGGAAGAACCUCACCCGUUGCACUGAAAGCCAGCUGCACGUGACCGUUCAAGCAGUGGCCUUAAGCUGCUAAGCAUUAUUCAUUAUUCAGCAUUC